CUGUUUCCGCGCACAGCUCGCGCCCUCACGACUCCGGCUCGGCUGUCCGCGCUAGAUGGAAACGCUAUUAUAGCUGCGAGCUAUCAGAGCGGCCAGUACAGUUCCAUCCCUUCUGCGGAGACGACGUCUCGCCGGUGAGCAAGCAGCCCUCCCGCAGCAUCCGUGCUCUCGCUUACGGCCCGGACGGAGAUGCUCGUUAACAAGUGCACGCUGGCCGCGCGUGCCUCGCCCCGACAGCUACUCAAUGAAGUGCUUCCCUUGGCCGACCGUCUCGAGUCGGAGAAGUGCUCCAAUCUAAUACGGAGACGAAAGACGCGAACAUGCGAGCGUUCAUCGGUCUAUAAUAUUGCAGGCGUUGCAACCUGGAGGAGAUGCUUAACCGGUUCCACGUCGUCGAGAGAACCAGCAAGGCCGGUAGUCGCGACGGAGAUACCGGGUCCUCAGUCGCGCAAUAUGCUGCAGGAAUUGAACGCGAUACAACAAGCCUCUUCCGUACAAUUCUUCGUAGACUACGAGAAAUCCGUCGGCAAUUACAUCGUGGACGUCGACGGGAACGCGCUGCUGGACGUUUACAUGCAAAUCUCAUCGAUGCCCUUAGGGUACAAUCAUCCGGCUAUGUUGGAGGCUCUCGCCGAUCCCGUUAAUCAGAAAAUCAUGGCGAACCGACCGGCCUUAGGCGUCUUUCCGGGCAGUCAGUGGGCUGAAAGAUUGAACAGGGUUCUGCUGAAGAGCGGGGUCGCUCCGCCCGGAUUGUCGCAUCUCACGACGAUGAUGUGCGGCUCCUGCUCCAAUGAAAACGCCUUCAAGAACAUAUUCAUCUGGUACGCCGAGAAACGAAGACAAGGCGCGCCGUUCACCGAGCAGGAGAUGGAAUCCUGCAUGAUGAAUCAGAUUCCUGGCUCACCGCGGUUCUGCAUCAUGUCUUUCAAAGGAGCAUUCCACGGUAGAACUCUGGCCACUUUGUCGACCACCCACAGCAAGUACAUUCACAAGAUGGAUAUACCAGCCUUCGAUUGGCCUAUCGCUUCCUUCCCCGAAUACAAAUAUCCCUUGGAGGAGAAUAUGCGGCAUAAUCAACAGGAGGAUAAACGUUGUCUCGCAGAGGUCGAGGGACUGUUUGAGAAAUUUGAGAAGGAGAAGAAAACACCGGUGGCCGGUGUGAUAAUUGAGCCUAUUCAAUCAGAAGGCGGUGACAAUCACGCGUCGCCCGAGUUCUUUCAGGAACUGCAACGCAUAACCAAGAAGAAUGGGGCGGCGCUUCUUAUCGAUGAAGUGCAAACCGGUGGUGGGCCAACAGGGAAGAUGUGGUGCCACGAGCACUUCUGCCUAGACGCCCCACCCGACUUGGUGACCUUCAGCAAGAAGAUGCAAUUGGGCGGUUAUUAUCACAUGAAAGCUUUCAAGCCGAAACAACCGUAUCGCGUGUUCAACACUUGGAUGGGCGAUCCCAGUAAGGUGAUCUUGCUAGAAGCGAUCCUCGAUGUGAUAAAGAAGGAGAAUCUUUUGGACAGGGUGACGCACGUCGGUGAUUAUGUGAUGAAACAUCUAAUGGAUAUGCAAAAGGGGCAUUCCGGUAAGAUAAGCGCGGUGCGCGGACGCGGUACGUUUAUAGCGUUUAAUUGCGCCUCACCUGAGAUUCGAGACGCUCUUAUCAAGAAGCUUCAAACCAAAGGUAUCCAAACGGGCGGCUGCGGCCAACAAGCUGUGCGACUCAGGCCCGCGUUGACUUUCACGAAGCAUCACGCCGACAUAUUUUUGGACGCGCUCCGCUCUAGCCUAAAGGAAUAAAGGAUACCGUUUGAUGAUUCCUCGUGUCUUCCAGAUGUUGAGUGUCUUCCAUUAACAGAACUACGAGUAUUCGCCAGAGAUAUAUCUGGGUGUGUCUAUAAGCCUAUAAAUGUCAAAUUAUUUUUCUAUGGCAGUUAUACACGAUAUAUGUAUCUUAAAACUGACGCGAUUCUUUCGAAUUGAUCAAACUGCACACACACACACACACACA